AUGUACAAGUCAAAGCUGCAAGAAGUGUGUCAAAACAAGAAAUGGGCACUACCUAAAUACUGUUGUAUGAAAGAUGGAGAAGACCACGACCCAAAAUUCAAAGCAUCUGUGGUUGUCAAUGGCAUUAAUUUUGACUCUCCAACUUUGUGCAAAUCAUCUAAGGAAGCCCAUAAUGAAGCUGCUAAGUUUGCUUUCCUUCACUUUACUUCUGAAAUUACCAGCAUUGUAUAUGUAAAAUAUAUUACUCGUACUAAUUCUGUUGCACAGCUUGCAUUAAUGACACUGGUAACCGUUUCCUUUGAAAAGAGUAAUGCCAGCAGUUACAAGAGUUUCCUGCAAGAACUGGCACAACAUGAAGAAAUUUGCUUGCCUGAAUAUAGAACAACCGGGGUUGGUGAGCCUCACAAUUUAACGUUCUUGUCAAAUGUGGAAAUUGAAGGAGAAAUAUUUCGCGGAGAUGGUGCAAAGUCCAAGAAACAGGCAGAAGAAAAUGCCGCCAAGGUUGCUUAUACCGCUUUGACAAAAUGCAAAUCUUUCUUUGCUGGUAAUCCUUCAAUUGUUUCCUCGGACUUUGAAUGUGAAAUUGUCAAAACUGAACCUAUCAUGGAUUCACUGUCCAUUUCUAUUGAUCAAGAAAAAUUCAGAGGUUUGUCUCAUAUUAUAAGACUGUUUUCUGAUGCAACUAAAGUAUUCAUGGCUUUGGCAGAUGAAAAGGAUAUGGUUAAUGCAUCUUCGAUUUCUCUGGGCAUGCAAGAGCUCAGUGUAAAUGAGAAAUCAUGUUCUUCAGUGGAAUCAUCAUGCAAUUUUCGUAGUAAAACUAUAUCAUCAGCUGCAAUGACACCAUCCAAAUCAUCUACUCUCUCGAAUGCAAAUUCUAGUGCAAGGACGACUGCAGAAACCAAAAGUUACCUCCUUUCCAAUAGGGUCAGAGUGUACAAAUACAUUCCAGAUGAGGUGUUCCCCAGGGGUACUAUUGUGCUUCCUAUUGCUGAAGAUAAGUGGGCUGUUGUGAGCUUGGAAUUCCCCAACGAGAAGUGUGGCUAAUGAGGCAUGUUAAGUACUUACGUUUAUCGUCCUAUUAAAUACAGAGGCUUAACUGAAUCAAGGAUGAUUAUAGCUAGCAUCUAUUUAAAUUACUUGUAUAAAUGUUUUAUUUCCUGAAACAUUAUAAGUGUUUGUGGAAGUUAAAUGAUACUAUUAUGAACUUAGCUUCAUAUUCUUCUUUUCUA